AUGGAGGCCUCCCUCUCGGCCAUGGCCACGUCCAUCGCGGCACUCGCCGUCACUGGAGCCGCAUGCCUCAUCGGUGCACUCGCCGCUCGCACCAUCCGGGCUCAGUGCGGGCAACGCAACAACAGCGACAGCAACAGCAGUCACUUGAAGAGGCCUCUGCCGCCCUCCCAGUGUGCUGCCGCGCCGCCCCGCAAGCGCCUCAAGUCACUCAGCCAAAAGGGACGGCAGCCACACACCGAUGACCAUGAUGAUGACAGCAUGGGUGCGAACGGGAUGGAUGACGGAAUGGUGGCUGAGGAGAGAGAGGCCGACAGACACCGCAGGAACCACACAACAUCGCAGUCGCAGAUCAUCAGGUCAGGCACAUGAUUCACUCACUCACCCAUGAAGCUUGUUGAUUGGCUGCUUGUGUGCUGUUUGUUGGUGGGUGCAGUGCCGCGUUGCAGCUGAGCCACCAUCACCACCAGGCCAUGUCUCCCGCUCACCCACACCCUCCGCCCUUCGCCGCCCUCAUGCUGCCCGUCCAUCAUCACCACGCACCACUCACCCAACACCCACACCCACACCCACACCCACACGCCGACAUACGACCACUGACAACAGACAACUCGAUGAUGAUCCAACGUAACACACACAAACAGACAGUACCAUGUCUCACUCCGUCACUUGUCUGUCUGUUUGUUGUUCAUGCCUGUACUCAGGUGGAGGUGAUGAUGCAUCUUCGUCUGCCAUCGGGCCGCCUGACGAUUCAGUGUCACAGCGAGGGGCCGCCGAGCACACCGAGCGACCAACGGAGGGGCAGGGAGAGGGCGGUGGUGGGUUGGAGAUGGUGUCGUACGAGCGGCGGGCACCGAGGCUGGAGAUCAACAUGAACGAGGAACAAUGUAUUGCUUGCGGACACACAGCGAGACAUGAUGGCAUGCAUGAUGGUCUCUCUUGUCCUGUGUGGUGUGUGUGUGUCAGUGAUGUCUGCUGUUGCGUCGUAUCUGAGUGAGCGCUUCCCAGAGCAAACGCCACAAUCCAUACUCGCAUCGGUCAGCCAAGUAGCCAAAGGCACACCAACACCUCCACCGUCUGUCUGUGAAUGUGUGUGUGUGUGCAGUUUGGUGUGUUGUGCAAGUGCGUUGAGAUUGAGCGGGGCCACCUCGUGCUCGCGUACAUUCUCUUCCAACACACAAACGACGACACCAUACGAGUGAGGGAAGGAGGGAGGAAGGAAAGGCACCAACCAGACCAUUUGUCGCGAGGCGAUGUGUGUGCAGCGGUUCUCUGUCGACGUGUGGCUGAGCACGGUGUUUGCGUUCGUGCACCAGUUGUCGCAGCGCGGCAACUCGCAGCUCGACGCCAUGUCCAGUAUCAUGCAAAUCGUCAAGAAAAUGAAAGUACACACAUAGACAGACAGCAGAGGUCCCAUCCCAAGCACCUGAUUCUGCGUGUGCGCAUGAGUGUGUCUUUGUCCAGGUGCCCGUGUCUCAGGUGACGUCAUGCUUCGAUCUCUUCACAUCAAGAUUCGCAAACAAAAGAAACAGUAAGGACACACACGCACAACACUCCCUCAGUCUAGCAUUGUCGAUGGUGUGUGUGUCAGUAUGGCAUUUGUUGGAGACGGAGGGCAAUGCGGCCGUCAAGUCGCUCGCAUCAAGAACUCUGCGCAGGUGCACAAUCAUACACAGACGGCACACAGACACAUCCAUGCAUUGAUGUAUGGGAAUUCCUCAUGCACAGGAGUGCCCGUGUUCGUGAGAUGGAGUCGUCCAAGUCGAGCAACAACAACAAGCACACACCCGCCGCCCGCACCCGACAGCCGACCAGCAAGAAGGACAAGAAGGAGAGUGAGGGCACGCUCUGGCUGCCACAGGCCCAAUCGGACGCAGGUAGGUCAGGCCCCACACACGAGAUGAAAGGAGAUGUCAUCAGUGUCUGUGGGCAUCGCAUGUGUGUCUUUAGGUGGCAGCAGAUCUCUGUCUGUCCAGAGGGCCAAGAGCAGCAAGCGGCGGGACGGUGCUCGUGGAUGAAUGAGUGCAUGAGAUUGUGUGUCAAGGGCAAAGACUCAGACACAACAGCGCCGGAUACAUGGUUUCAUGUUGUGAAUCGUCCCACAUUGCGAAUGCACAGGGUGGAGAGGUAAGGCAGGGAAGCUAGGCAGGUCACAUCAGUCAGCACGAGAUUGGAAGCGGACAGCCAAUUGUGUCUGCUCUCUCUCUCUCUCCUCUCACCCCUCUCAUGUCGG